AUGGCCGAAGAUAACAACAACAUGCAGCCGGACGUCCUCAGCGCCCUGGUUGCCGAGAUACGAAGUCUGAGAGAAGAGAAUUCCCGAAGAAAUACCCUGUUUGAAGAACGUUUUAUUGCCCUGGAACUCCAACAACACCAGCAAGCCCGUUCGUCUGAACUCCUAGAGCCAAUGCCAUCUGUCACCCCGGCUGUCCCCAUCGAGGACACCCAUGUGGGCGCCAAUCACAACCCUCACCCAACCAAGCGCCCCAAAUUACGAGACAUCCCUAAAUUCGGCGGCGACAAGGCCCAGUGGCGAAGCUGGAAACUAGAAACCGAAGGAAAGCUACGAGUCGAUAAAGAAGCCCUUGGAGAUGCAGAAGGCCACUUUAUGUACAUCUUCAUGAGCCUAGAAGGCAAGGCUAAAGACAACGUGACCACAUUUGUGGAGAUGCAAACCGAGAAGAGAACGUUCAAUGUUGCUGAACUACUCAACCGUCUCGAAUUGCUGUACGGGGAGGGAUCGCAAGCAGAGAGCUACACGCAAUCUGAGAUCGCCAAUGCCAACGCCGAGUAUUGGCCAGACGACAGCAAGAUUUCCUACCUCCAGGAGGCACUAAACGACAAAAUGAAAGCAGCCCUCAUAGGCUCUGACCCCUCUGCCAUCAGCAGCUAUGUUGGGCUGGCGAGGAGGUGCGAUUCGCUGAGCAGCCAGAUGGAACUGUUGGGUCAGUGGAAAAGGCCCCGAGGCAACACAAAGAGUUCGGACAACUAUGACAACUACCAGAACCAUGGAGGCCAGUCUGCCCAGAAACAGUCUGCCCAGAAAACCGAAGUUAGACGAGAGGAUAUGAUGGAAUGGGAGCCAACUCUACAAGCAUCCGCGAAAGUGAACACUGCGCGCACCCGCAGUGAUAAGAACACAUAUGGCUACCAAUCCAAGCGACCAGAAGACCAAGCGCUGUUGGGCAAGCGUGCCCAGUGGGUCGACCAGGCCGAGAUGGACGCCCGUUACCACGUCAGGGUGAACGGCACAGACUUUGUGCCAUCUCUUGUCGACUAUGGCUGCCUCUGCUACGGCGCGGUCAGCAAGCGCACAUUUCACUCUCUCCAGUUGCCACAUAUACGCGUCCAGCCGCGCAUCUUGGAGAAUGCAGCGGGAGACGGCAAGGAGGUCAAAAUCGACAAGAUCACGUAUGUGUCGAUCGACCUCGAUGGACAUCAGCAGCAUCGUGUUUUCAUGUACGUCAUCGACGAUCUGAACUGGGAUAUGAUCCUGGGUAAACGAUGGAUGGAAGACCAGGAUGUUCACAUCCAUGCGAAGGAAGGAUAUCUCGAGAUCGGGUCCAAUGGAGUCAAGUACGAGACCGACGACGUUACCAGCCUCCUCAGCUAG